AUGAUUCCCCAAGAUUUUGAAGCGCACGACAUUAUUAACGAUACAAUUGAAUGGUUUAUUGACGAAUUUAAUAAAUCCACCAACAAUAUUUCAAAAACUAGAGUCCUGCCACAGCUUAUACUUGUAGUACAUGGAAUUCAAGAAAUAAUAUCUCGACACAAGAAAAUAUCAACAUCCGCAGUUAAAUCGACAAUGCCCUUCUCUUACGAGGAUUAUAAAAAAUCACCUUGGCUUGUGAACCAAUUCGUGAGUACAGCCGAUUAUAUUAUUGAAGCAGCUAAUGAUUACAGAUUGCUAACACAAGAAAUAACUCAAGAUGCAUUAGAUAUAUUAGUCAAAAAUAUUACGAUCAAAAAUAUAUUCAGUGAAUAUUUUAAUAGUUUACACGGCCUUUUCAGUUCUGUUACAGAGAAAAUUAUGAGAACAAUAUAUGAUGAAAAUGAACAUAAACGAGGACCAUUCAAAAAUACCAAAAGCGUCAAAGAUAUCACUAAAGAUAAAAUAAAUGCAUAUAUCACAUUACUAAGGGAUAGAUUUAAGGGACCUUCUGAAAAAAUGAGCGAUACAAAAGAUCAAGUUGGUGGUGAUCAAAUUACAAAGAAUUAUAAAUUAGCACAGUGGAUAUUUUAG